AAAAGGCCGGUACCGGGAGGCGGGACUUGAGUUGGUUUGCCGCUGUGUUUUUCUUCAAGAUGGCGGUGUGGCAGUUGAGUCAGUGUGGCGCCGCGUUGAGUGUGUAAUACUUUAGAAAGGUAGCUUGGUGCACGAAUACCUUUGUGUCAUAUUUAUCGCUUCCAGAAGACACCAUUGGAGGAUGAUCAGUGCCUAGAUCCCAUAUUAAGCUGAAUGCAUUGUGAUUUCCAAUAAUUGAGACAGUGAUUCUGAAAGCUGUCUACAUUAAUGAAAAGAACAAUGUAGUCAGCUUAGCAUUUUCACCUCUGGUACGUGGUCUAUUAAGGGAUGUGCUUCUGCAUGCAUUCUGGCUUCAGAUAGGCAGAGUCUCCAAACAGGUCUGAAUCUAGAAUAAGUUAUCAGUUUGUAUAAAUUAUAGUUCGCUAUACAGAGGAAAUGGAAGUAGAUGAUGUGCUACCCCCUCUCCCCUUGGAGCCACCUGUUGAUUUUGGCCGUGAUGAGGGCAUAGCACCUCCACCACCUCCCCUGCAAACGUCCAGUGACGCAGAGGUAAUGGACGUUAGCUCUGGUGGUGAUGGAUACACAUACACCCCAGGGGACGGGGAAGCCCACCCACAGCAGCCCUCUAUAACCUUCCAUAGCGACCUCUCGGAUGAGGCUAAUCCCAUCCCGCCGUGCCCCAGGACGGCCCGCCACGCUCCCCAACUCGCCGGGUUCCUACCAGACCUCAAGCUGCUCAGAGAUGUUAAGAUCCGUGUAAGCUUCACUGAUAGCAGCAAUAGCAAAGACCGGAAGGUUUUGUACACGGGCGAGGGGCAGGAGGGAGGAAGUGGCGAUGGCUUAGAGAGCGUGAAUGGUGAGUUGCAUGACUCCGCUAGCGAGCUGGAGGCACCCGAGGGAAACGACAUAGCGGGCAGAAGAGCCGAAGAGGCAGAGGUAGACCUGGAGAAUAAGGUAGAAUUUGCUGUCCUGGAUGAGUUGGAUGACCUCUACGACAACUUCCUGGAUAAUGACGACGCAGAGCUGGGUGGCUUUAAGUCUGAGGUCAUAGUUCAGCAGGAGCAAGCAGACGAGGAGGCCGUGGCUUUCUCCUAUGAGGAGGAGUUUGACAAUGAUGUUGAUGCUCUGCUCGAGGAGGGCAUGCCAGUCCCCAAAAAGAUGCGUCCAUCCGAGGACAAAUACGGCGGGGACAGCGACCAUCCGUCAGAUGGGGAGGAGGGAGGCGUUCAGCCCAUGAUGACCAAAAUUAAGACUGUCUUGAAGAGUCGUGGGCGUCCACCCACCGAGCCUCUACCUGACGGAUGGAUCAUGACAUUCCAUAACUCGGGUAUUCCUGUCUACCUGCACAGAGAGACCAGGGUCGUGACUUGGUCUCGACCCUACUUCCUUGGGACUGGCAGCAUUCGGAAACACGACCCUCCUACCAGCAGCAUCCCCUGCCUCCACUACAGGAAAAUGAAGGACAAUGAGGAAAGGGAGCUGAACGGAGAGGUGACGGCCAUGUCCGAGGAGGUUCCCAACGCAGCGGAGACUCCCGUCAAGCCCAGCUACGAAGCAAACGGGGACGAGCUGGCGGACAAGUCGGACGCUACGGGUGAGGAACUAGACGGCUUCCCUCCUCCCAUUGUGGCCGAUGUUACGCCAAAUGUAGAGGAGGACGAGGAUGAGGACGCCGCUGCCGCCGCCACAGCCAAAAGGAACCAGAAGCUUAAAGAUGCCCACCUCUGUGAAAUUGCCCACGGCGCCUUGGGGCAAGUCAAGGCCAAGGUGGAGGUGUGCAAGGACGAGUCGAUAGAACUUGAAGAGUUUCGCCUUUACCUGGAAAAAUGCUUUGACUUUGAACAAGUCACGGUGAAGAAGUUCCGCACCUGGGCUGAGCGAAGGCAGUUCAACAGAGACAUGAAGAGGAAGCAGGCCGAAUCGGAGAGACCCAUCCUGCCCGCCAACCAGAAACUCAUCACACUGUCAGUCCAAGAUGCCCCCACUAAGAAAGAAUUUGUCAUCAACCCUAAUGGGAAGUCUGAAGUCUGCAUCUUGCAUGAAUAUAUGCAACGUGUCCUGAAGGUUCGACCUGUUUACAACUUUUUUGAAUGUGAGAACCCAAGUGAGCCUUUUGGAGCGUCGGUCAUUAUUGACGGAGUUACGUACGGCACCGGAACCGCAAGCAGUAAAAAACUUGCCAAGAAUAAAGCUGCUCGAGCCACACUGGAAAUCCUCAUCCCUGACUUUGUGAAGCAGACCUCUGAGGAGAAGCCUGUUGAGGGCGAUGAACUGGAGUAUUUUAAUCAUAUCAAUAUAGAAGACUCAAGGGUGUAUGAGCUGACCAACAAAGCAGGACUACUUUCACCAUAUCAGAUUCUUCAUGAGUGCCUUAAACGAAACCAUGGAAUGGGAGACACGAGCAUUAAGUUUGAGGUGAUUCCGGGGAAAAACCAGAAGAGUGAAUAUGUGAUGACCUGUGGGAAGCACACCGUGCGUGGCUGGUGCAAGAACAAAAGGGUUGGCAAACAACUGGCGUCUCAGAAGAUCCUGCAGAUGCUUCACCCCCAUGUGAAGAACUGGGGCUCACUGCUGCGCAUGUACGGCAGAGACAGCAAUAAGAUGGUCAAGAAGGAGAGCUCUGACAAGAGUGUGAUCGAGCUCCAGCAGUAUGCCAAAAAGAACAAGCCAAACCUUCAUAUCUUGAACAAACUGCAGGAGGAAAUGAGGAAACUAGCCAAGCAGAGGGAGGAAACGAGGAAGAAACCCAAGAUGACCAUAAUGGAGUCCGCCCAGCCAGGGAGCGAACCCCUCUGCACUGUUGACGUUUAAGUCUCAAACUCACUGAAGAACCUCGGCACUGAAACCAGGUCACUGUCAAGACAUCGCAGCCGACCAUCCAUCCCUUAAUUAUGCAUCACUGACAUCGAACGACAGCGUAGUUCCACUUGGACCAGGUCCCUUCGACUACUCGCAUCUCUGGCCCGUGUUUGAUUUGGUUCGGCUGGUAAAUGGAGGCUCUCAAUGCACCAACAAAGCAAGUACCGUCCACCUCUCAGGAUGCAGCUUGGCUAUGGCACACCGGGGGCGGGGGACUAAUCUCCCGGGCUGCAGAGAAGGUAACAUGACCUGAUAAUACAUGAACUACAUCAAAAUAAAAAUGCAUGCUCGUUUGACCGAAAAACCACUACACACCUUUUUGUUUAGUUUGGCAGUGUCAGAGUACCAGCACCUUUUUUCUUUUGUGCUUGAGUAUUUGAAAGGGACUACUAGUACUUGUGUAUUUAUACCAUUCAUUUUAUUGGAAAACAAAGUUACUUGUUUAUUGGGUAUUUUAAUAGUUGGUGUUUUGGGUAACGAAUACAAAAAUACGCCGUUUUCUUUUCCUCAGAAGGAAGCGCUGCUGUCCUGGUUUGCACGAUUUAAAAAAACCUACGUAGUGAGGUGAUGACUCUUGAGAUCUAUUGUUAUGCACUUGUCCUGUCAUGUUUUCAAUGACUGCUCAUGCUGUUUGUACAAAACAAAAACUGCGUCUUGAGUAUUUGAGGUGACUUGCAUAUAAAGGCACUUGCUUUUUUUUUAUUUCUCUCCCUCAUUUGCUUUGGCAGUACCAGGAACAUCGCAGUGAACCAGAGCACCGUAAUGUGUUCCGCUUCCUUUUUGCUCUUAGUUUAUGUCAGCUGUUUAUUGAAGUACUAAUGCCACGCCCACAGACGUAACCAUCCAGUACAUUUCAGUAGCUUACUUAGUUGUGGUGCACUUAAGAAAUCAUGUUGCCUUAGUUGAUCCAUUUCAUGAAGGGCUCGAAGUAGAAUACGCUGGACCUAACACCCUUCAACGCGAGGUGGAGAGACCAAGCCCCCUUUACCAGAUAAAGCAUUUAUCGUUUAGCAAAUUAGAACUUUACUGAAGACCGCCUCUAAAACAUCAGAUACUUGAAGGACAAAUGCCUCCAGCCUGUGCAGAUUAAGACUCGUCUUAAUGGAUUGUGUAAUUAGUUUGUUUUCCAUCGUUGUCACAGUAUUUUCUGACUCCAGGUAGAAUGCUUUUUUUUUUUUUUUUUUAACAAAAGGCAGCCUUUUUUCAAAUGGACUUGGUACACUCGAACAAAAUGCAAUUAAGUCAUUUAGUGCAACAGAAGCUGAUGAAAGUGUGUACCAAAGCUUACAUACAGUCUUAUGCAUUUUAUAGGAUUAAUGUUACUACAAACUGCACAGUAGAAACUGAUUAGACCCAAUACUUGCUGGAACAAAAUGGAAACUGCUGUGCAACAAGUGUUUAGCCAAUUUAGUUUUUGUUUUUUUCUACAAACUGUUCAUGGCGGCUGUUGUGAUAUUGUAGAUCGCUAUAAGAAUGUGCUUUCCCUUGUGUUUGUGUCCGUGUGAGGAGAAAAAAAAACCUUUUUACAUCUUUCUGUUGAGUUGUACCAAUGAAUUGUUUGAGAAGUUGCUGCCUAGAAAAUGAAGUAUGUAUUGCAACCUGAGCUCCACGAUAUUUGUUAUGCAAAUAAAACGUCCUCAUGAUUA